AUGCCCAAUAUCGAAGAAGUGCGUUUACCCGGACGUCGAGUAAAGGUUGGCGACAAGAGGUGGAAACCCUACUAUCCGUGUGCUCAUCUGAAAGAGUUCAGUGUUAAGAAUGUUUCGAGAGAAUUUACAAAGAAAUGCCAUGCAAGAUCAUAAAUUUAACUCAUUUCAAAUGAGUAGAAACUAGGAAUGUGUUCAUGAUUAU